UAUCGAUGACGUCAACGACAAAGUGCACACGCAAGUAAAGCUAAAGUUAGCUUACUGUUUCAACUUCGUGCGAAUUGGUAGGCAAGGAGCCACGCAUGCAGUCUUGAGGUUUGAACCUCGUUUCAAAAGUCGGCAUGAAUCGCGGGUACAAGUAUUAUGACACGCCUGACGGCCAAGAUUGCUUCAAGAAGAUGGGCUACACAACAAAGUGGGCCACAUUUGCUGGUUUCUCAUGGAGCAUCUACGAUGUGUACCUGUGGUCUCAUCCCAAAGGCUUAGUUCCUACGGUGGCCCGGUUUGCUCACUUCAUGCUGCCAGCAGCAGCAAUUGGGGCAACGUUCAGCGCAGUCACAUGCCUCAGCCAUACUUAUCGCAAGAAGAACGAUGCCUGGAACUACAUCCUAGGGGGCGCUACAUCUGGCAGCAUCAUCGGAGCAAAGCUUGGCAGGAUGGGGCCUGGCGUCGCUGGGGUUCUAGUUCUUGGCAUUGGUGGCAUGCUAUUCUGGGCCAAGAAGUACGAGGAUUGGCCAGGUUUCAUGAACGGACGUAUCACAGCUGUGGAUAAUGGUCACAUGAGACAGGCGUAUAGGGACUGGACAAUAGAUGGCAAGUUCAAGAAGGCAUUGGAAGGGCGAGAAGAUGGUGUGUGGGUAGCUGAGAAGCCUUAUCCCAGCCAAUCUAGGGGGUAGAUGGCAAAUUUGUUACGAGUGUUAGGUGUUGUAAAUUAAAAGCUUAAAUCACAAUUGUCUACAGAAGUAGAAUGCACGGAAAAAGUCAAUAACACAGAUUAAUAAGCCACCCUAACUUAUUACCAUUCUGCAACUCAUAUUGUGAUGAUCUUCACAUACCUAUCUUACAAAAUACAAGUUAUUAUGCUAUGUAUCUGAUUUGUGUUUGACAGUAAUAUGGAAUUGUAGUUUGUAAGUUUCAAAGUCAUCCAAAUAUCUGAUACAAUGUUAUUGCAAUAUUAUAAGCUUGAGGUCACGCUUGUUAGCCAGUUGUUAUUCAUGAUGAAAGCCCUGUAUCUAGUUUUGUUUGAGUUGCAAAAAAAAUCGAUUAAAAAUGA